AUGUCCUUGUACACCCGACGCACCUCGUUGCCCGCUCUGGACGCUGGCAAGAUUAUCGUCCAAACACCCGUCAAGGAGAACGACCUCGAGAUCGUCCGACUUGCGGCACCUGUGCUCAACACCGCAUACUCCACUCCCUCUCAAACCACAAGCUCCGGAUCCGCCGAUGUCUCUGAAGAUGAAGAUGAUCUGGACACCGAGCGCCUCGAGAACAUGAACUUUGCCGCUAUGCAGCGAUGCCCCUCGCUCACUGCUUCGCAAGACAGUCUCUCGCCCUCUCCUACCCCCUCGCCAAGCUCCGACACAUUUUUUGGAACAACUGACAAGACUGUCGAAGCACUCAAGACUCACAAACCCCGCACGUACGGUACCGUUCUCGUCGUGGGUGUCGGAUUCGUUGGCGCCCAUCUGAUGGAGCGAUUCUCCUCCGCUUACGAGGUCAUCGCUUUCGACGUCUCUGAAAAUCGCUGUCAAUACCUCCGAAAGGCUCACUGCUCCAACCCCAACGUCACUUUUAUCUCGGAUCUCGACGCGGACGAUCGAACAAAGUCGUUCGACCUGUGCCUCGUUUCGGUCCCUACUCUGCUCACACCGGAUAUGAGCCAGGUGGAUCAGACGCACAUCCGAUCCGCUUUCAACAUGGUCUCUCGCGUAGCUCGACCUGGUUCGACCGUCGUAGUCGAGUCGUCGGUUACGGUGGGCAUGACUCGAGAGCUGUUUUCGCCUCUUCUCGCGCGUGGAGUUCACGUCGGUUUCAGCCCGGAACGCGUGGAUCCUGGACGAACCUUCCCCGCUUUCGAGGACAUCCCCAAGGUGGUUUCUGGUCUCAACGAGGCUUCGCUGGAACGAAUCACAGAGCUCUACUCUAGGGUUUUCACCACGGUCGUUCCGGUGAGCAAGCCGGAGGUGGCAGAGUUCACAAAGCUGUACGAAAACUGUCAGAGGUUGAUCAACAUUGCGUACGUCAACGAGAUCGCUGACGCAUGCGCCAAGCACGGGGUGGACGUUCACGAGGUGGUCAAGGCUAGCGCUACAAAGCCAUUCGGAUUCAUGCCCUACUCUCCAUCGUUGGGUGCCGGAGGACACUGCAUUCCAGUCAACCCCUUCUACCUGUUUGCGAACUGCGAUCUUCCUCUGCUCAAGUCGGCUGCUAUCGCAAAUCAGCAACGACCCGUGGAGAAGGCAGUCCAGGUAGCGAGGAUCGCAGCGGAGAGUCAAAAAUCCACCGGUAGGGAGGGGCCAAAGCCAAAGGUGGCCAUCGUAGGGAUGGGUUUCAAGAGGGGCGAGGCGAGUCUGGCGUACGCCCCGACGGUGACGCUGGCAGACAAGCUGACCGAAUUGGGAGUGGACGUCAGCUACGUCGAUGACUUUGUCACUUCGGACAGGUGGAGAAAGGUUCCUUCAGAACUCUUCCAGGACGCCGAAAGGUUCAAUGCUAGUUUCGAUGCGGUCGUGGUAGCACAGAAGCCGAUCGCAAGCGAAUCGGCCGUGUUGGAACAGCUUGACCAGCUCAAAGUGAUUUACUUCACAAAAUGA